CUUUGAAACAUCAAUUAAAAAAUUACUAAUUCUCAAGUUCAUAUAGGAUGAACAAAAAUAUAAAUAAAGACAUCAAAGUCGACGACUAAUCUAAUCCUUGCGACGACCGUUCAACACGUCUGACUUCAGACAGCCUUUGUCUCUCUUCAUUCGCAGAAACAAAAAAAAAAAAACUUUACUUUUAAUCCAAACCCAACAAAAAAACCUUUGAACCCUUCUUCUUCUUCCAUGGAGAUCAGCUCAAAACCAAGAAAGCUCCUUCCUUUCUUCAUCUUCUUCCUCUGUUAUUCUUCCCCUGCUCUAGCAGCCGACGAAGACGACAUAAGAUGCUUACGAGGAAUCCACACCUCCCUCACCGACCCUAACGGCCUUCUCAAAUCAUGGAACUUCGCCAACACCACCGUCGGAUUCCUCUGCAACUUCGUCGGCGUCUCUUGCUGGAACAACCAAGAAAACAGAGUCCUCAAUCUCGAGCUCAGAGACAUGUCUCUCUCCGGUCAAAUCCCCGACUCUCUCCGGUUCUGCGGGAGCUUACAGAAGCUAGAUCUCUCCAACAACCGGUUAACCGGCACCAUCCCUCGCCAACUCUGUUCUUGGCUACCCUUCUUGGUCUCUCUUGACUUGUCUAACAAUCAAUUAAACGGCGAGAUUCCUCCAGAGUUAGCAGAGUGUAGGUUUGUUAACUCUUUGGUUCUCUCUGAUAACCGGUUAUCCGGUCUAAUCCCGGUUCAGUUAUCCUCUCUAGGGAGGCUAGUGACCUUCUCCGUUUCCAACAACCAUCUCACAGGUCGCAUUCCCUCUUUCUUUACCUCACGGAGUUACUCCCAUGAUGACUUCAACGGUAACAAAGGUCUUUGCGGUCGUCCUUUGUCUUCUCCCUGCGGAGGGUUAAGCAAGAAGAAUCUCGCCAUUAUAAUCGCAGCUGGUGUGUUUGGUGCUGCUGCAUCGAUCUUGUUGGCAUUCGUUGUUUAUUUGAAGCGGAGGACGACAACAAGCAGUUUAACAGAAGGAGGAUUAGCGCAGAGGCUUAGAAUCCAUAAGCUAGUUCAGGUCUCUUUGUUUCAAAAGCCUUUGGUUAAGGUUAAGCUCGGGGACUUGAUGUCUGCCACUAAUCACUUCAGCUCUGAGAAUAUUAUCGUUAAAACUAGGACGGGGACGACGUACAAGGCCGUUCUCCCCGAUGGCUCGGCGCUCGCGGUGAAGCAUCUGAGCAAGUGUAAGCUCGAGGAGAGGGAGUUUGGUUACGAGAUGAAUCGGCUGUGGGAGCUGCGUCACCCUAACUUAGCGCCGCUUCUUGGUUUCUGCGCUGUGGAGGAAGAGAGGUUUCUUGUUUACAAGUACAUGUCUAACGGGACGCUGAGGAGUUUGCUGGAGGAGGAAGAGGAUGUUGAGUUGGAUUGGUCUACUCGGUUUAGGAUCGGUUUAGGUGCUGCGAGGGGUUUAGCUUGGCUUCACCAUGGAUGCCGCCCUCCUAUACUUCACCAGAACGUUUGUUCGAGUGUGAUUCUUAUUGAUGAAGAUUUUGACGCGAGGUUAGUAGAUUCAGGGCUUGCAAGGCUUAUGGUUCGUUCGGACAACAACGAGGGGAGUUUCAUGACUGGUGGCUUAGGUGAGUUUGGUUACGUAGCUCCUGAGUAUUCCACCACAAUGGUAGCUUCGUUAAAAGGCGAUGUGUAUGCACUCGGUGUUGUCCUAAUAGAGUUGGCUACAGGGUUAAAAGCUCUUGGAGGUGGUGAAGGUUUCAAAGGGAGUUUGGUUGAUUGGGUGAAACAGCUUGAGAGCUCGGGGAGAAUGGCUGAUGCGUUAGAUGAAGGCAUUAGAGGGAAAGGGCAUGAUGAAGAGAUCUUGAAGUUUGUUGAGGUUGCUUGUCACUGUGUGGCUACGAAUCCUAAAGAGAGAUGGACUAUGUUUCAGGCGUAUCGGUCACUGAAAGCUAUGGCUGAGAAACAAGGCUACUCGUUCACAGAACAAGAUGAUGACUUCCCUUUGAUUUUUGACACACAAGAGAACUGAGACUGUGUGAAGUAAAACCUUUAUGGGAAGCCUGUGAUGGCAAGGAUUUAGAGGAUUAUUACAUUAUCUUGAGCUAUUAUUAUUAUUAUUAUUUAUUGUACUAGUUUCCACUGCCAAUUUAAAUGAAAAUGUAUGUGUAUAGACUAUGUUCAUUGUAAAAAAAAACUGGUGUAUAUUAUGUGUUCUUCUGUCAAAAUUAAGAAAAGCUAUGUUGGUUUGGUGUUUAA